AUGAAUGGGUCCGCGGAUAUUGACAUACCCGAUGGUAAUCCCCAUCCACUCAACACUAGCCAAGUCAGGGACCUGCUCAAACGGAAGCGUCGUUUCCGGGGCAUCAAGUCUUGCUUUCCGUGUCGACAUAGGAAGGUUCGCUGCGAUGGGGCUUCUCCAUGUGCGACCUGUGUGCAGCGGGGCCAUCCAGAGUUAUGUUGUACGCCGUCGGCUUCUGGGUCGGGCCAGGACUUUGAGCGAGGCGGCGGCAGGCCUGAGAUAUGGAGCCCUGGGCUGGGCCGGAGUGCACCCACGCCUAGUUCAUCGAUGGAUUUGAUGAUCAGUCGUCUUGAAAGUAUAGAGGAACAAAUCUCCUCGCUAAAAGCAGAUCUCAUCCAGACGCGAGCUCAUGGCAGCUCAUCCACUGAGAAAAUACUUCCACACUCGAACACAUCGGCAAACCUAUCUCACAGAGCCACAGCUCUUGCCAAAUCCCCAGGCAUGCAUUUUCUUGAAGAUGCCACGGGCGCUACCAUCUUCCUAGGUAGUCACUCAGACAUUCCCGCGGCGUUGGGCUGUCGGCUGUCAUCGGGUGGUACUACUAUCAAUGAUUCGUUUGUCUUGGAUCAAGUUGUACCAAGAACAUACCCCUUCACGAGUCUAUGGGGCGCGGACGCAGGUCCUAAUGAAAUUUGUCGGACUUUGCCAGAAGAUGUGGAUAUUAUGCGGUACUGGCACGACUACCAAACCUUUGCGUAUCCAUACUAUCCCGGUCUUGUCACACUCGACCAAUUCAACAUCUCACUCUUCGAGUUCCUCGACCGGCGCGCUGCCAUCGCAUCUGAGGAGAACGCCAGCUUGGAUGGCGUUGAUUCCUCGUGGCUGGCACUUUUAUUCGCAGUACUUGCGUGUGGUGUGCAAUUUUCCAACGAUCCCAUCAAAGAGCGGGAUCUGAGGUCUAAAGUCUUCAUCUGUUCAUCAUUCCAGUGUCUUCGUAUAUCGAACUUCUUCAACAAUACGAACCUCAAUCAGAUUCAAGGCAUGGCGCUGAUCGGACACUGUCUGCGAAAUAAUCUGGACACCAAUAGUGCUUGGAUACUGAUGGGUUCAACAAUGCGCCUUGCGCAAAGCAUCGGCCUACAUGAAGAGGAGGCAUCUUCCGAGCCCACUGAUUCAUCAACAGAUAGUUAUCAACGAAGAAGACUCUGGUGGAUGCUCGUGUGGCAAGACACCUUCCUCUCUUUCACCUACGACCGACCGCCAAAUAUAAUAAAUCACAGCGGGGCCUUUCCAAGAGCCGCAGAAUCAGAGACCGGGAAUUCAUUUGCAGAAAGCAUCUUCUCCCUUUGUCAAGUUCUCCUCGAUCGUUCCCGCCAAGAAAACAGCACAACAGUCCCCGCAACACUAGCCUUUAAACAACGCAUCGAAACAAUUUGGGGGUCGACAAAGCCGUUCCUUAUGCAUAAAUCUCGCUGCAGAACACUACAAGACCAUCUCGAACGCUUGGCUUUACGCAUUCACAUCAACUAUGGGAUAACCCGUCUCUGCAGGCUCGUUAUUGAGCCACAAGCAGGUGGAGGAGCUGAAUUCUUCGCCGACAUAAAUGAACUAAUAAGCGAAUGCAUAGAAUGCGCUGCAGAAGCUGUCCGGUCGUUUCUGGAAAUGCAUCGACUUGCGGCGACGGUCUGUCGCUCGUGGGCGUUUGUGCACAAUGCUGUUAGCUGUGCCUUUACGCUGCAGAAACUAGGGAAGAAUAGAGACCAGGCGCAUAGUCUUGUCUCGAGGCUUAUUGCCGUUUUAGAGCAGGAAGAGAGACAGUCUUCGUGGGAGGAUAAUGAUACGAACCAUAGGUCUUUUGGGCCUUAUUCCAGGGCUUCAAGAGCGUUGCGGGAGACUGUCAAUUUUGAAGAUGCACAAAUUUGA